ACCUGACCGACACGGUGGUCCUCAAAUGACUAGAGUGAGUUCAUUCUCAACCGGUGGGUUCAUGAAGCCGGAAUCCUAUGCAACCCAUUUCGCUAUAAAAGCUGGGACAGUCAAUAACAGUUCACUACUGCUAACACUCAGCUUUCAUCAACAUAAUAGUUUGAAUCCUUGCUCCUCCCUAUCCGCCAUGUCCGAAACCAUCACCCAGUCCGCUCUCUAUGGUAGCAACCAAGGUGACGCCUUCAACGAUAUUACCAUUGCGGGAUGGCCCAGUACUCAGAACUUCAGCAAGAUUUCUAACAUCUUCGUUCGCUAUGGAGAGAUCGUCGACUAUAUCAAGGUCACUUAUGAUAGCAAGAACGGGGCUGCGCCCGUGACGCAAGAGCACGGCGGUCCCGGUGGAAGUUACCAACACAACAUCGCUCUCAGCGCCUCCGAGUUCGUUGUUGGUGUCUAUGGCGAAUAUGGCCAUGUUGCGACCGACUUUGGAGCCACCAACAUUCAGAAACUCCAAUUCGUUAUCGCUGACAAGACCAAAGGAAGCGUUCGUAUCGAAGGGCCUUUCUCUACUCAAGCGAGGGUUCCAGGAAAGCCAUUCAAUGUCACUGGAACAGUCCUCGCCGUCGCGGGUUAUGUUGCGAACGGGACUGGGCCCAAUUACGGCACUAGGCCCUAUUUGCAGUCAUUGUCCUUCUUCCACCCUUCCAGUGGUUUCAAUUAGAGAAUGUGACUGCCUUUUCUCCAGCCUUCGAUUGGCAUAUGCGGUCUAAGUGUUGUAUUUUACAUACAAUUCUACAUCUUGUACAGUUUCUUCCGAGUUAUGUUCCAUCAUGGAAUUGACAACGAGAGUCUGGCCAACAUAUCAUGGUAC